AUGAAAUACUGCAGCACUUGUGGUGAAGUUCAAGGCUGGACAUUUGAACAAGCUCUAUUUUCUACUGGUUUUGUCCGAGAUGGUGGCCUGUUAAUGCCAGAGACAACACCACAGAUUACUCAGAAUACAUUGCAACAAUGGAGGAAUCUUUCAUUUGUGGAGUUGGCUAAAGAGAUUAUACCACUGUUUAUAAGCGAAGAUGAGAUUCCAAGGAAAGAUCUAAACGGUUUGUUAGAUAAAGCUUUCUCAAAGUUCAGCUGCAGUGAAGUGGUUAAAGUCGCCAAAUUAAAGAAUGAAUUGAAGAUUGCUGAACUGUGGCAUGGCAAGACCUUGGCUUUCAAAGACUUGGCAAUGUUUUGCACUGGACAAUUCUUGGAAUACUUUCUAAAUAAAAGAAAGAAACAUGUAACUAUUGUUGUAGCAACAUCUGGUGAUACUGGAAGUUCUGCAAUUGAAAGUAUACGUGGCCUGAAAUGGGUGGAUAUUAUUGUACUAUUACCAAAAGGACGAAUCACUAAAAUACAGGAAUUGAUGAUGACAACAGUAUUAGAUGAUAAUGUACAUGUGAUGGCAGGUGAGAACACAACAUCUGAUGGCUUAGAUGAUGUCACUGCUGUGCUGUAUAAUAAUGAGACUUUCAAGGAAGCACAUAAUUUGUGUACUCUAAAUUCUAUCAACUGGGCACGUGUCAUGGUUCAGAUGGUACAUUAUUUUUAUGCAUAUUUACACAUAACUGACUCUUGUGAUCAAAUUGCUGAAAUUAUCGUUCCCACUGGUGCUGCUGGUAACAUAUCCGCUGGAUGUUUAGCUAGCUUUAUGGGUCUUCCAAUCAGAAUUGUUAGUACUGUGAAUUCCAAUGAUAUCAUGUUUAGAACAUUACAGAAUGGAGACUAUUCAAUGUCCAAUGAUGUUAUACCUACAUGGGCACCAGCAAUGGAUAUCCAGGUUCCGUAUAAUUUGCAGAGAAUGAUCUGGCUGUUUUCAAACAAAGAUACACAAUUGGUUUCAAAACUUAUGAAACAAUUUCAAAAAGAGGGAAAAUUUAUGAUCUCCCAAGAUCUUCUGCAAAAAAUGAAUUCUGUCAUUACUUCUUAUACUGUGAAUGAUCCUGGUAUCCUAGCAACCAUGAAGAAAUGUUGGCAUGACAACCAGUAUUUACUGUGUCCUCAUACAGCUGUAGCUGUGACAUAUUUCUAUGACAAGAGGGUGACAAGUGAUGAAUCUAUGCCCAGUGUCUGCUUAGCAACCGCUUCACCAGCAAAGUUCCCAGAAGCUGUUUUAGAAGCUGGACUUACUCCCCAACCAACUCCUGAAGUUGAAGCUCUGGAAAGCAUGCCAACAAAAUACUUACUCUUGAAAGAUGGGGAAGACUGGGUGAAGAUAAUAAAAGAGAGAAUAGAACAGAUAACUGCUGGAAGAGCCAAUCUAGUAUGAUCACACUGUACUAUCUUAACUACCAACGAAAUUGCGACAAUUACUCUGAACAAUUUCUUAUUUUUGGAACAGUUUUUAAUUACCGGUAGUUGAAUAUUUUUAUACCCAGUUUUUUAAAAAUAUUUCAAAACAAUAAUAAACUUAUAAUCAGUAUAUUUCCAUGAAAAACCAAGACGAGAAUUGUUUAUUUCCACAGGAACCAUGGAUAUCAAGGUUCUAAAAUUGGUGAAAUAGACACCAGACAAUUAUCAAAGAAUCCAAUCAUGAAAUUAAAUGUUACAUUAUCAAUUCAUGCCUGCUCUGGAAGAUGCCUAGACAGACAUUUUGUUAAAAAAUUUUUAAUUAUUGAAUCUGGCAGGAUUGGAUCUGGGACUAAUUAUUUGGAUAAGACUAAUUUCUAGGUCAUAUGCUGACUUCCUGUGAAAGCUGUUGAGACUAAGUUAAUUUGCACAAUCCUAGACCAAGGAUACAAAACUCCACAGUUGUCGCAAAGUAUUGUUUUAAAUAAGUCCCCAUCGGAAUCGCACGGUCCUGUGUCUUCGAUCUAUAGGCCUCUACACGAUACCGUGCAGGAUCGCAUAGGCUAACUGCAUAUCUUAACAGUGAGAUCUAAUUGGGCGCGCCUCGAAACAAGACACCCAAUCAGC